AUGGAUGAGAAGAAUGUAGACAUUGACGAUCAUGCUUCUUGGCCUGAGGCUAUUGAAUCACAUUUUAUUAGUCUUCUAUAUGAAGAAGCCAAAAAAGGAUGGCUGAAAAUAGAAAAUGACAUAUUAAAUUCUUUUGGAAAGAGAUAUAAAAUGCCUCAAUUGAAAUCCAAAUUCAAUCGGUUAAGAAAGGCACAUCGUGAAUUUUCUCAUCUUUUGGAACAAACUGGUAUGGGAUGGGAUCCUCAAACAAAUACUGUUACAGCAAAUGAUGAAAAAUAUCCAAAUGCGAAAAGAUUUCGAAAAAAAGGAUUGCAACAUUAUGAGAUGCUUGGAGAAAUAUUCAAUAAUACAACAACCACUGGUGGGAUGAGUUAUGCCUCCACUCAACUUCCGCCUUCUUCAGUUGAAGAACGCCAACAAGAGCGUCAUUUUGUUGGAACUGGAGCACAUAUUGAUGUUGGUUUUGAAUUUGAUGGUGAUAAUUAUGGAGAGGAGGAAGAAGUUACUGGUGUACGUCGUCGAGCUACUGCUGCUCCACCAGAUGCACCAAAACCAAAAGAGAAAAAGAACAAAGGGGCCAAUCCAUCCAUCGACCAUGUGAUGGAAGAACUUGCAAAAAGUAUUUCUGCUAAGAUUGAGGCAUCACUAGUACGGAGUGAGACUAUGCAUGGUAUUCCAAAUCUGGAUAACAAAAUAUACCUCAAAGGGUUGCAAGAGUUUGUAGCAACCCCAGAAUGGCGUGGAAUAUUCAUGAGAAUGAAUGAGGAGCGUCGUCGUGCUUAUCUUGAUUCAUUGAUGGGGUGA